UGUCACGAUGAAGAUCUUCAUUCCGCUUUGUGCUUUUCUUCUUUAUUGGAUUUUGCCUUCAAUUCAAGCAGAGAGACACUCGCUGUAUUACAUUUACACAGCCUUGUCUAAACCUGUGAAUCUGCCGGGCAUCUAUAAUUUCACUGCUAUGGGUCUGCUGGACGGCACACAGAUCGACUAUUACAAUAGUAAAGAAAAGAGAAAGAUUCCCACACAGCCCUGGAUGAAAGAGAAACUGCCGGAGGAUUACUGGGAAAAAGGCACUCAGUCCAGAAAGAGAAAAGAACAGUGGUUUAACAUCAAUGUCCACAUUCUGAUGGACCGCAUGAGACACUAUGUUUCAGAUCUUCAUGUUCUUCAGAUGAGCACUGGUUGUGCAGUUGAGCAGCAGGGAGAUGAAGUGAAGUUUUCCAGUGGCUUUUAUCAGUUCAGUUAUGAUGGAGAGGACUUUCUGUCUUUUGAUGUUCAAACGUCUCAUUGGAUUGCCGCAUUUCAUGCAGCUCUACCAACCAAGAGAAAAUGGGACAAUCUUCCCAUCCUAAACCAAUACAUGAAGCGCUACCUGGAGAAAGAGUGUGUGGACUGGCUCAACAAAUUCAGAGAAUAUAGAGACGAGAAGCUCAGAAACGGCUCUCCUCCAGAUGUUCAUGUGUUUGCAAAAAGGUAUACCAAUGACAAAACCAUGCUGAAACUCACCUGUAUGGCCACUGACUUCUACCCCGAAGACGUGAUGAUGACUAUUAGGAAAAAUCAUGAACCUCUGCCUGAAGAUGAGAUUGAAUCCACAGGAAUCAGACCAAACCAUGAUGGAUCCUUCCAGCUGAGCAAGAGUGUGGACAUCAAAGAGGAGGAAAAAGAUGAAUAUGAUUGUUUUGUGUCCCACAAGAGCAUCAAAGAACCAAUUAUCGCCAAAUGUGAUGGUAAAUGCCCAUCAAAUGCUGUCGCAGAGAUAAUUGGAGCAGUGAUUGGAGGUGUGCUUAUUGUGGCAAUUUCUUACUUAUUAUUAACAGUUUACAUCUUAAAGAAGAGAAAGAUUAUUGGACGAGAGUCACGAGACACUGCGGGUGCGUCAGACGUCAAUGAAACUCACCAUUAUUGGGACAAUGUUAACCAAGAGUAUGAGGACUCGAGAAACAGAUUGUCAGCUGUGUCUACAGAAGCACUGAUACAACCAGAUGACCUCUGAUACAAAGACAGAGGAAGAUUCGUGAAGAAGAUUGAGGAUGUCAAAACUGAUACGCCAGACUAUUUCUACCAUUUCUUUUUAACGUCACCGAAUGAAGUGUCGACAUAAUCUAAUCCAUCUAUGUUUUAAACAUCGAUCUGAAUCUCAUCCAGCUGUAGUCUUAAAAAAAAACAUUUCUCAGCUUCUUGUUUAAAAGCAGACACUCUGGUCUUUAUUUUUCAUAUGUUAUAAGUAUAUAUUGAUGUUCAUACAGUUUUGUGGAAAAUGAUCAAUAAUGCUUGAGCUGACUUUAAAAAAAAAUGCUGGCAGAGCAAGAGUUACUAUAAUGGUUUGUGUUGUACUGCUUUCACCUUUAUAAGACAAAAAACAAUACAAAAA